AUGACUUGUUCGCCUGUUUAUCGCGGCCUUACUCAGACACGCAAGAACAUUUUCGAUAGCUAUAUGAUCGACCACCACAAACUCCAACGGCUGAUGGCGGAUCCCGGUUUGCCGGUUCCUAGCCCAACCACAUCCUUCUGGCAAUCUUCUUCUCGUAUACAUUUAGAAGGUACGCAAUCAGAGACCCUGCCAGAAUCGAGAGAUGUAGUCAUCCUCGGCUCCGGUAUCACAGGUUGCAGUGUUGCGCAGUGGCUAUUAAAGGAAGACGACGGAAUCUCAAUCACGGUUCUCGAUGCUCGAGGCAUCUGUUCCGGCGCCACGGGGCGGAAUGGUGGACACAUAAGAUGUGUUGCCGUGCAAGAUUACGAUCGCCUCUCGCGAAAAUACGGCCAUGAUGCAGCAGUCAAGAUGGUGCGGUUCUCGCUUUCUCACUACGAAAGUAUAGUUUCUAUAGCUCGAGAGUUCGGGAACUCGAUAUUUGAGGACUCUGAGCUUAGAGAGGUGCAAUCCGUAUCAGCAAUAUUGAACCAGGCAAAGAUGGACGACAUAAAUGCUAUGCUUAAGCGAUUUGAUGCAGCAUUCCCUGAUUUAAAGGGCCAGUGGAGGAUAUGUGGGCCAGAAGACGCCGCAACGAAGUAUGGCCUCAUUGGUGCUGCCGGUGCACUCAUCGGCCGUGCAGGUGCUGCUUGGCCUUAUCGGCUCAUCUUAGGAAUAUUCAGUGCGCUACUUGAACGGCAUCAUGAUCGUUUCUCAGUCGAACAAAAUACACCAGCCAUAUCGAUAACGAGGGUUCAAUCCAGUGAACAUCCUUACCUUAUCAACACGCCACGAGGCUACAUCAAGGCAAAGCACGUUGUUCACUGCACCGAAGGCCAUGUAGGCCACUUGCUUCCUCGACUUCGAGGUCUUGUUUUUCCACGGCGGGGUCAGAUGACGGUGCAGGCACCUGGGCCGGAAUAUCCUGCCUUGGAUGGCCGGAGAUCUUGGAGUUUCUACUUUGAGAACGGUUUUGACUACCUGAGUCAAAAUUUGCGGACGGGCGACGUGUUUCUUGGUGGAGGGGACAUUGGAGAAGAUGCAUAUCUCUCUCAACUAGGCGAGUCUUCAGAUGAGAACGAGAAUGUUGUAGCGAAGGCUCACUUAGUUGGUAUCUUGCCAUCCAUUCUUAAAAAAGCCCCCUCUUCAGCAGGAAAUAACCCCCGGGGGCUUGAAGUAAAGUCUUCGUGGACUGGCAUCAUGUGUACACCACUUGAUGGGCUUCCACUUGUUGGAAGGCUCCCACAAGCAGCACUCGAUCGCCUCAGCGGUAGCAACUCUGCUGCUGAGUGGAUUAGCGCUGGUUAUAACGGCUACGGCAUGGUUAAUGCCUGGCUCUGUGGUAGAGCAACGGCAGAAAUGAUCCUAAAGAGGGAUGUUAGCUCAUGGUUCCCAGAGCAAUACCUUAUUACUACAGAAAGGGUAGGAUAUUUAAAUGCCCGCCUAACAUCGGUUAUACAAUCAUCUCAGGGUCUCCGAGCUUUGUUGUAG